AACGUUGGAUAGCCAUAACGACAGUGCAUUUCUUGAAGAGGCUGGUACAGAGAGUCACAUAGUUUUUUCAGAAGCAAAGAUUAACAAAGAGACAAAAAAAAGAUUCAUAAAAACAGAGUACAUGUACUUUCAUAUGGCCAUUGAAAAGCUGAAGAAAACUGACAUGAUCCUUCUCACAGGAAACCCUGGCGACGGACAAUCAAACGUGGCAUAUCAUUGUGUGAAGCAACUGUCACAAACACCAUGGGUUGUAUAUACUCUAGAGGAUUUAUUUAAAAUCGGUCCACAAAACAAUUUAGCAAUACUGGUUGAUGGUACAUUUGACCAAAUUUCAACGUCGAAUGAUGCAAAAGAAAUGCUUCAAAGGCUUUCCUUCAUUAGAGGCCGCAAUGACUCCAACAAGAUUAUAGUAGUGAUGCAAAAAGAGGUCCUUAAUUACUUGAGAAACAAAAUACGUGAUGCAGAAUGGUUGCCUGAAAAUGAAAUUAUUGAUUUUUCAAAAAUACAUUUAUCAAACGAGCUAUCAUUGAAAUUUUCUGACAAAUUACAAAGGACAGAAACAGAAGAUACAUCUGCGGUUCAGAAUUCCUAUUUUAAGAUGUCCUGCUCUGAUAACUCCCAGCCAAUUGAAACACAGCAAGAAUGCUUUAAUACGAAAUUGAAAAUUUACAAAAAACAUUUUAGAAACAUGGAACAGAUGCCUUUCAUGGUGCUUUCCUUUAUUGCAAUGAACGGUGUUUUGAAUAUCAGAUCUUUUCAAAGGGGCCUUCCUGACGAAAAAUUCCUUGAAAAUCUAUCAAUACUGCUUGGCACAAAAUGUAUGAGGACACAAGCAAAUUUAAUGUAUGAACUAGCACAGGCUUUCGAGGGCGUAUACUUGUCGUACGAGAGUCGGUAUCGUGGCUACUUUUAUGUAAGUAAGUGUAUUCACGAUGCAAUUUGCAGUGUUCUAUUUGAAAAGAAUCCAUGGAAAUUCAUUGAAAUGUGUUCCUUAAGACAUUUAUUGGAAAUAUCCGCAAAUGUUGAGCGCAAAAAAUAUAUCUCCAGAGACAUAAUAAAAUGUAUCAUAUCACGAAUUCUUUGGGAGCUGAAAGUUAAUCCGUCAUCUGAACUAUUUCAAUCCCUAUGGAAAUUUGAUAUUUGGGAAGAUGAAAUCUUUCUCGAACUUAUAGGCAACAGGUUUUCCCUUUCUGUACAAAAUAUGAGCGAGACUCUACAAAAAGAAUUCUUUAGUUUUAGUAGAACAAAUAAAAAUACACCCCUUAUUUCGUUCUUGUUUUUCAAUAUCCCUGAGAUAAUAUUUAAACGAGUAAGUAACAUACGCCCUAUUCGAAUGGAAAUAGCUCUGGACGAAAAUCGCCAUGGAUCCUCAGACAUAGAAUUGUGCAUAAAUAGAUUUGAAUCUUCAAUAAAAUAUAAGCCAGAAUUUCGAUGUUUCAGAAGACAUUUGAAAAGAGCUCACUCUGAAGAGACUUUAUCAAAGUAUUUAGUCCUGAAUCCCAGCAAUCCUUUGUUCUGUAUUCAAAACAAACCAAUUUCUAGGUGCUCCAUUUGUAGAUUAGAUUUAGCUCUAGAUACACAAUUAAAAUUUGAUAAAGAAAGAUUUAAAUCAUUUAACGUUUUGUUCUCAGAAAUGAACGAAUACAAAGAAUUGACAUCACACAAUAUCAUAUGUGAGUUCUUUGGAUCCCAGGCAAAAAUUAACACAUUUGGACACAGUUUAAUAGAAGAGAAACUUAAAGCGGAAAAUGAAAAAUAUAUAUUAGGAGGUGUUCACGUAUUAGGUUCAGAGGGACUAAAUUGGUUGAAGACGGCCUUCCAUAAAGCUGUUCAAUACGGGGGAAACGGAAAAAGGGAGAUUAUGAGAAACAUAGUCAUAAAAACAUUUGUUCGCAGUCAUGGAAACAAAUGCAAAAUUAAUUCUAUAUGGAUUGGUAAAAGUUGUUUAGGGAAUAAAAAGGCAGAAGAUACUCUUGUAGUGAUACACAAAUCAGAAGAGCGAGUUGAUUUACCUACAACAUUUCUUGGACUCUCCUUGAUUGUUAGAAGUCACAGAGAAGUAAGCACGGAAGCAAAAAGUUUGCUGACACACGAGUUAAAAAGUCACUCAAAGAUUUUAGAUAUAAAAGAUGGAGAAAUAACUAAUCUUUUGAAAUCUCAUAGUAAUAUUACCCUUAUAAGUACUUCAAGUGUGCGAUCCAAAAAAUAUGGAACGGCUCUCCAGGAAGUGGAAUAUACUCCUUGUAUUGUAAUUUACUGCAUGAUAAAGGGAGUUAUUCCCGAUGGGGAAUCCAAAUUUCCAUCAGAAAUUGGCGGACAUCCUGUAGAUGUUCGUGAAGGAUUUUGUAGUUUUGCAAAUAACGCUAAACCAUUGCAAAUCGGUGACAAAAUAUAUUCCGAUAAAUCUAUGCAAUAUGGAACUUUAGGUGGAUUUGUUGAUAUCGAUACAAAUUCAAAAGGUUUUAUCACCUGUGCCCAUGUUUUGUGUCCCGUGGAAAUCUUGGAACGUGGAAAUCACUCUCAUUACUUUCGAAGACAAGAGCAUUACGUCUUUGAUACUUCAAAAAACGAAUCACGGGAUGAACCGAUUGGAACUGUUCUGCGGGGAGUUAUUGACCAUAAUGAUCCAAAUAAAGUGAGUGUUGAUGCAGCUAUUGUCAAAAUUACGACGAGGUGUCCAGAAAAUGGAAAAUUCCCUAAUCAAGGCAGGAUGCAAUUAAAGCAAUUAGAACAAGCUGGAUUUACAGAUGCACAAAUCCCUAAUUUUUCCAAUGGAGAGAUAGGUUUUAUUACGACUUCCAAUAUGAAAGAUUGCGUGAUAAAGUUUGGAGCAAAGAGUGGCUUGACGGUUGGUUUUCUACGCAUGGAAAAUGCGCAUGCUAUGAUUACGAAAGAAACAAACAUUGUUUUAAGAUAUUCUACUAAUUCAGAUGACGCAUUCAAAUUUAAAUUAUUCAAACAAUAUGAAGUAUUUCCAAUGAUAGAUGAGAAUACUAAAAAUUCGCCAUUCUUUGAGAAAGGUGAUUCUGGGGCAUUUAUUUUCAUGAUCACAAAAGAAAAUCCUCCAAGACUGAAAUGCAUCGGUUUGGGUGUAGCAGUUACAUCACAUGGAUCUUGUAUAAUGACGCCCAUUGAAGAGGUUUUACAAAGCUUGAAACUCGGUGAGGAAAGUCUGUCUAAAUUUCAGUCGGAAGAAAGCGAUGGAGAGGAGAACGUUUCAAAUAUGGUGGGACUUGAUACUAUUCAGAAUAUGAUGACCAACAUGACAGAAAUACUGACACAAAAUUUCACCUCGCAAUUCGACGAAAUCCGUUCUGAUCUCCAAACUAAUGGAGAAUCGGUGAAAGAGUUAAAAAAUGCAAUGAAAACUACAAAUACAACUCUUGAAAAUAUUCAACAACAAAUGGACAAGAGUAGCCAAGAUAUGAAGGAAAUAAAGGAACGUGUUUCAGAACUUGAAACCAAAUGAUAAAUUUCUUACUAUUCGUGCAGAAAUCCAUUCUUGUUCGAGCAUAUUUAGCCAAAAACAAUUUUAAGCGCGAAGAGAUUUUUUUGUACAGGUUUGAAAUUUUAGUUUAUCUU